ACUACCUUUUGGGAUGGUGAGGUGCAAUAGUGGUAGCGCCAAUGGUAGCCUCCAUAAGUCCAUGGGCAGGCCGGAGGAGUGCAGGUUCAAGUCCUGCCAUCACCCCAACACCCUUCUUCCUUCUUUCUCCACUACCUCUUAGAGUGAUGAGGCAUGAUAGUGGUAAUGCCAGGCUGCCAUCACCGCAAAACUUUCAUUUCUCUCCACUACCUCUUCAACCGACGGCCCCUCCACCGCAUGUUUUUAUUGAACACAUGAGCUGGAAGCCACUUAACACCCUCAGCUGCCAUCCUGAACACUGAACCACCAACCGAGACAUUACCAAACCCUAGGCCUGGGGUAUCAAUCCAACAACACAUGGAGCCUUGACCCAAUUCACCUGCAAGAACUGUGCCCACACACCUCACUUUCUUUGUCACCUUUCUGGGCUUACAGCAGCAAACUGUGUGCCCUGCACCGGGGGUCGCGUGUCUCUUCUAUGCACUAUUUCUUCACUAUGCUUUACAUUUCUCCACAUCAUUUGUUACUAUUUUCCAGUGCAGGGGAUGCAUGUCCUUAUGUGUUAUUUCUUCACUCCGCUUUACUAUCCAUACCACCUGAUACUCGAUGUCUCAUCCACCCAUUGACACUUAACUCCUCUCCACCUACUACUUUCCAAACAUUUUUCACCCACGUCAUUAUAGUAUGGCAUAUGCCGAUAGGCACAGAUACGUACUUUAAAAUGAAUACAUCCAUCCAUCCAUCCAUCCAUUGUCUGAGUUAUAUUGUUCUAUUGUUAGGCUGUGGGAAUUUGGGUCUUUGCAGUGUCACUUCACUGUGGCAAUAUUUUUUUAAUAUAAGGCUAUGGUGCAUAAGUAUCUCAGACUCGUGUUAGAGAUCUAAAUUUGUAUGUACCUAUGGUGUGUAAGUAUCUGUG